AUGCCCGGGGUGAUGACAUUCCCCGAGGCAAAACUUAAAGCACUUGAAGAAAAAGUUUCACACCCUCGAUGGAUUGUACCUGUUUUGCCAGAACAAGAGUUGGAAGCACUGCUUUUAGCUGCCAUUGAACUAGCUGUUAAAGGGGAAGAUGUAAAUAAUGCUGCUUGUCAGCAAUUUUACAAUGAUUCACUUACAUUAUCCUUUACCAAGAUAUUGACAGAUGAUGCUGUUUCUUCAUGGAAAAAUAAUAUACAGCAAUGUGUUCGUUCAAAUUGCGAGAAACUAGUGAAACUCUGUGCCAUGAAAUUAGAUGAUGCCAGGUUUUUACUAUUGUUGUCAAUGGCAUUUAAUCCAAAUAACAAAUUUCACACAUUUAAUGCUUCCCGUACUUGUGAAGGUUUGUCAGUGACACAAAAUACAGCUAAUACUGGACAAGGUUCAAUACAAGAACCUGAAAUAUAUGCUAGAUCUCAGGAUCAUCGUACUCCACGGGGAUGGCUGGUCCAUCUGAUUAAUGUAUUCGGUCAGGCUGGUGGAUUCGUAAAAUUACGCGAACGUUUUGAGGCCAUAAUGGGUUUUCAAAAAAAUGAUUUGACAAUGUCUGUCAAUGCUGAAGAAAAAGUUUUGUUAGAAACAUCUGAAAAAGGAAAUGAAGAAAAUAAAGUAGAUGUCACAGAAAAUUUACCUUUUACUUCAGAUAAUACCGAGAGUACAAUAUCUUCAAAAAGUGAGCCAUUAUCAUCAAUGGAGCAAUCAAUAAAUGGAGAGACACGUGUUGCGGCAGUAUGGCAGUUGUUGAGACCACUCAGUCUUUGCCAUGACUUGUUGACACCUCACACUGUCACAGUUUAUCUUUUGCCUAUUUUGGAAUGUAUACCUACCCUUUUGGAAAGUUUGACUGAUGAAGAGUUAAAAAGAGAAGCUAGAGGUAGUGAGAACAAAAAUGAUACCGUUUCAUGUUUAAUUCGAGCUUGCAAAUGUGUAUCAAUCAAAACACCCCAGCAUCAUAGUCUACUUAAGUCUUUAGAGAUGUUCCGACUAAAAAUGAUAUUGAGAUUACUUCAAAUGUCAUCAUUUAAUGGAAAGAUGUCAGCAUUAAAUGAAAUCAAUCAACUGAUAAGUACAAUCUCCCAGCAACCUAAACCAGAAUGGCUUACACCCGCUGUCAUAACAAAUUGGAUUCGGGAAAAUAAAGUUGUGGACAUUGUUUUACGCGAUUCGCUACAUCAGCCUCAAUAUGUGGAUAGAUUAGAAAAAAUGCUAAGAUUUAUGAUAAAAGAGAAUUCUUUAACUAGGGAAGAUUUGGAUGCAAUAUGGAAGGCUCAACAUGGAAAACAUGAAGCUAUUGUGAAAAAUCUUCAUGACCUUCUAGCUAAGCUUGCAUGGGACUUCACUCCUGAUCAGCUUGAUCAUCUCUUUGAUUGCUUUAAGGCAAGUUGGGCUACAUCAAGUAAGAAGCAAAGUGACAAACUUUUGGAAGUAAUUAGAAGGCUAGCAGAAGAUGAUAAAGAUGGUGUCAUGGCUAAUAAGGUAUUAGUCCUGUUUUGGAAUUUGGCACAUUCAGAUGAAGUUUGUACAGAAAUUAUGGAUGUAGCAUUAGCCAAUUUGAACAAGAUUUUGGAUUACAGCUGCUGUCAGGAUAGGGAUGCCCAGAAAACACUUUGGCUUGACAAAUGUGUAGAGGAGUUGCAGAAUAAUGAGAGGUGGGUGAUACCAGCUUUAAAAAUGAUGCGCGAGAUAUGUUGUUUGUAUGAAUCCGGAGGUGGCACCGGCGUUAGGCCGCACGUCACUCGCCAGGAGUUGAUAGACCGUUUACAGACUCAACACUCACUUGUUAUACUAGUCACCGAUUCCCUCACUAAUUAUAUGGAUGGCGUGAGGAAUAAGCUUCUCGAGGAGGGUGAAAUCGAUUGGGAGAAUUGGCUCCCUGACGGCAGAUAUCCUCACGCGACCCAGGUCCAUGAACGAUUGAGCUUUCUUAGAUUUUUACUAAAAGAUGGACAGCUGUGGUUGUGCGCCGAACAGGCUAAGCAAAUAUGGAUGUGCCUUGCAGAAAGGCCGGCGCAUCUAGGCGAUCGCGAGGCAUGUUUCAGGUGGUUCAGUAAACUGAUGGGUGAUGAACCGGAUCUGGAUCCAAAUAUUAAUCUUCACUUUUUUAGGAGAAAUAUUAUGACGUUGCCUCCCAAUCUACUUACGCAUAAUGGUAUUAAGUGUUUUGAAAGGUUUUUUAAAACUGUUAACUCCAAAGAGGGUAAACUUAAAGUUAAGCGGCGUAGUUAUCUAAUUAAUGACGCUGAUCUCAUAGGAUUAGAUUAUUUAUGGAGGGUGAUAACGGAGUGCGACGACGACAUAUCCGGCCGCGGCAUCGAGCUGCUGCGGGAGGUGUGCACGUGCACCGGACAGCAGCUGUCGCCCGCGCAGCACCACGAGGCGUUUCUCACGCAGUGCUGCGCUAGGACGCAGCGGCUGCAGAAGGAGAUGGAGCAACAGGAAGAUGCAACUGAAAGUUGCACAAGAAUGUGUAGAGUUAUUCGUGCCAUACAAGAAUAUAUAAACGAAUGUGAUAGAAGAUUUUCAGCUGAUCGACAAAUCCUACCGAUUUAUAGGUCUGGUAGAGGCCGACAGUGCACUAUAAUAGUAAGAUUUAACUUUCAAACUGGUCAAAGACAAAUUGAUGAUGUUGAAUUAUACUCACAUUCUAAUGAGACACUACACUCCUUACGUACAGCAAUACAAAGAAGGAUAAAAAAUGCUUCAGAUAGUAAUAUAAAGUUAGAAAUGUUUGUUAACAAAUUAGAACUUUAUGUCAACGGCGUAUUUUUGGACACAGUUUAUGACCGAAAAAUACUUUCUCAAACCCCCAUAAGAGAUAAAACAGUGGUUGUAGCCAAGGUCUACGACGGUCAAGUGUGUGGGAGCGGUGGAUGCGGUUCCACUAAUGAGUCCAGCAGCGAUUCCAGUACAUCAUCACCACCAUCGCCGCCUACUCCGGAGCACGCCUUGCCUGGCGUCUUGUUCGCACAAGGUUCAUGGUACCUGCCAUUUAUACUAGACUUAGAACACAUUGGUAUCACCAAAGGACAUGUGCAAUUGACAGAAGCUGCACAUCUACUCUCCCAAAUUUGUCCCGCGCACAAACAAACUGUUGAAAAACUGACGGAGGCGCUUUUGUGUCGCGAUGAUAGUAAGUUAAGAGAUAUGUUGUAUGGACCAGCUCCACCUACAGUAGCUUACAACAUCGAGGUCCUCCAUAGUAUGGUGCUGCCAUCGUCAGAGAGUAAACUAGACCGCAGUCGCAGUUUUCAGUUGGCCUGUGUAAAGAAAGCCCCUUUAUUGGUACAGUGUUUGUCUGACAAAGAUUUCUUAAUUGGUGCUGCUCCUCAUACAAGAAGGGUUGGAUUUUUAGCCUUGGUUCGAUUAGCCAAGUUGGUUUUGAAUACAUUAGGCCAUGUUUUCGAAAUAUUGGCACCAGACGGUUCUGACACCACGAUAGACAGAGAGUUUAGAAUGGACGUCACAAUAUUACGUGAGGCUCUUCAGACAGUACCGAACAAUAGCUGUGAAUUAAUUGUAAAGGCUGUUGCUGAGAAAUUAGCGAAUAUGUUGGGCGAACAGGUGGUAACUAGUCGAGACGAAGGCGACUCAGUGUCGUCACUGGUUUGGUGGCGCGUGCCGACGACAGCGACUGUACGCGCCCUCUAUUCGCUCGCUUACUGCGUCGCGCAGCCCACUGACACCCCCUGUGCAGUACACCCCGAUGACGUCACUUUGGUUCGAGAGUGCAUGGAAGUAGUUACUAUCUGCAUGGCGCUCGGUGGGGGCCAUCUUGAGACGUUACUUCACGAACUUUGGUGGCAAGACACCGCUCUUUACCUGAUGAUAGAUUGCCCCAAUCCUCAGGUGCGCGUGUCUUGCGCGGAGCAGCUGCUGGCGAUGUGCGCGUGGGGCGGCGGCGGGGGGGCGCGCGCGGCCUUGAGCGUGCUCGGCGCAGGGGGCGCGGGGGGGGCGCGGCUGCAGCGGCACGCGCGAAACGCGCAGCAGUUCCUGCAGCUGCUGUGCCGGCUCGUCUCGCUCGCGGGGCCCACUCCGCGCACCCGCGACGACCUCGCCUACGAGGUCAAUUGGUUGCGUACCAUUCGCGCAAAUCGCGAAUUACUGGACGAUACGCUUCUUGAAGGGCACCUGAAUUUAACUAAAGAGCUGUUCAGUCAAGUACCCGCUCAAGUAAAAUUUCAGUAUGGAGCUCAUCCGGAUCACAAAGAUGCUGGUCUCAUUAAGGAGCUGAUGACGGAGUUUCUGUGGCCGUACUCGUGGGCGUGGUGCCGCAUGGGCGAGGGCGAGGGCGACGCGGACGCGGGCGGCGAGCCGUCGCCGCCGCUGUGCCGCACGCCGCCCGCCGCCGCCGCCGCCGCCGACCUGCUGCUGGCGCUCGUGCACGGCUGCGUGCCCAACAUGGCCGCCGUGGCGCAGCUGCUCGACUGCAUGUUCUACAAUGAUAAAAAUAUGCCAUUAGCGGAAUGGGAGUACAUGCCUUGUGUGGGUCCACGUCCGCCCGCUGGCCUGGUGGGUCUUAAGAAUGCUGGCGCCACGUGCUACAUGAACUCCGUGCUGCAGCAGUUGUAUUGUGUGCGUGCUGUGCGCGACUUCUUGUUAACUGUUCAAGGUGCUGCUACUGAUCCAAAUGAAGAUUUUUCAGGCGAAAACCAUCAUAGCUUAAUGGAGAAUAAUACUGAGAGUAAUGGCGAUUAUAAUAUAACAAUCUUAAAACAAGUUCAAGCUAUUUUUGCACAUCUACAUUAUAGUAAACUACAGUAUUACGUGCCAAGAGGCCUGUGGGCGCACUUUAAACUUCAAGGCGAACCAGUGAAUUUACGUGAGCAACAAGACGCAGUCGAAUUUUUCAUGUCUCUCGUGGAAUCGUUAGAUGAAGCGUUAAAAACUUUAGGGCAAGAGCAACUAAUGGCGAAAACAAUGGGAGGAACAUAUUCUGAUCAAAAAAUUUGCAAAGGUUGCCCACACAGGUAUUGUAAAGAGGAACCCUUCAGUGUGGUUUCAUUAGAUAUUAGAAACAUGUCUCGCUUACAAGAAUCUUUAGAAGCUUAUGUUCGAGGAGAAUUACUUGAAGGUGCUGAUGCAUACUACUGUGAUAAAUGUAGUAAAAAGGUGGUUACAGUUAAGAGGCUGUGCCUGAAUAAAUUACCACCAGUGUUAGUAAUACAGCUUAAAAGGUUCGAAUAUGAUUUUGAAAAGGUGUGUGCAAUAAAAUUCAACGACUAUUUCGAGUUUCCGCGAGAACUCGAUGUCGAACCUUACACGGCGUGGGGCUUGGCACGUGCUGAAGGCGACGCUACAUUGUGGGAGGGUGGCGAGGAAAGAGCUGAAACACAUUAUCAGCUUAGCGGAAUUGUUGUUCACUCUGGACAAGCCUCCGGCGGACACUACUACUCAUAUGUGCUGUUAAGAGAUGACGGCAGCGAGGGCGGACGGUGGGUGAAGAUGGACGACGGCGACGUCUCCGAGUGCGCCAUGCACGACGACGAGGAGAUGAAGGCGCAGUGCUUCGGCGGCGAGUACAUGAGCGAAGUUUUCGAUUCCACCAUAAAGCGGGUGUCAUAUAAGCGCCAAAAGAGAUGGUGGAAUGCUUAUAUGCUAUUUUAUACAAGGAAAGACACUAUUGAAACAUAUUCAAUGGAACAAUCUAUGAGAAACAUGUCGCUCAAAGAAAGUGCUAUUCCAAAGCCUAUUUGGCAAUCGGUUCGGCGCAGUAACAUAGCUUUCUGCCACAAUCAGGAUCAGUUCAGUCUGGAGCAUUUCAAUUUCAUGAAAAAGCUCUGUUACAUUCGUCUACAAGUCACGCCGGGAUCGCAGAGCGCUGAACACGAAGAAAUGUCAAUGCUAUCGGUACAGUUAGCGACUAAGUUUUUAUUUCAAGUCGGUUUCCACACGAAAAAAACUUUACGAGGUCCCGCGUCGGACUGGCAUGAUAUUUUGUGCCAACAUUUACGAUGCUCACAAGCUGUUCGAGCCUGGUUUGCAUCCGAUCUUUUCAAACACGCCUACAGAUUAUGCGAUUAUCUCCUAUCGUGUCCGUCGGCUGAAGUUCGUGUUGUAUUUAUGAAAAUUAUAGUCUUUUUGGCACAUUAUUCACUUCAAGAUCCACCGGUGAACAGCGGCUGGGGCUCGUGGGCGUCCCGCGAGGAGGCGACCUCGCUGUCGGACCAGGUGGUGUGCGCGGCGCGCGCCCUCGCCGCGCCCAGCCACGCGGACUCGCACACGCACCGCCACCUGCCGCUGCUCUUCAACCUGUUCCACGCGUACGCGGCGCUCGGCUACAACGAGAAGCAGCAGCUGCUGCGCUUGAAAAUUCUGGACAUCGUGUUGACUAUCUGCAUGGACGAUUCUACUGCUUCAAUGGGAAAAUAUCAGUAUCCAGAGUCAGCUAAAAUACAUCAGGUCGUGUGCGUGUUGGCGCGUUGCUGCGACGUGAGCGCGCGCUGCCAGUCUGCGAACGCGCCGGAGGGCCCGCUGCCCAACCCGUACGCCGAGCAGCAGCCGGCCCACCUCGCGCACAUUGCCCGCCCGCCCCUCUCGUCCGUCGUGGCGGACGUGCUCUACAACAAGACCAGCGCUUAUAUAAAGAAGCUGACGGAGGAGUGCUGCGGCUGCGAGGAGGGCGUGCGCCUGUUGCAGUUCCUGUGCUGGGAGCACGCGGGCUGGUCGCGCGCCGCAUUGGCCGAGCUCCUGUGGCAGAUGGCGUACGCGUACUGCCACGAGCUGCGCAGGCACGCGGACGCGCUCAGCGCCCUCCUGCUGAUGGAGGACAGCUGGCAGCAGCACCGAAUCCACAACGCAAUCAAGGGCGUGUCGGACGAGAGGCCCGGGCUGCUGGAGACGGCGUUGCGCGCGCGCGGCCACUACCAGAAGCGCGCGUACGCGUGCGUGAAGCUGGUUGUGGGGGUGAUGUGCCGCGCGCCGGCGGCCGUGCGGGCGGUGCACGCGCAGGUGGACGCGAGGCGCCGCUGGCGGCAGCUGCUCGCCUGGCUGCAGGACGAGCUCGAUCGCUACGGUCCUGGCGGUUACGGUUCCUACGGCACUUGGUCACCGCCCGGCACUUCGAACGAAACGUCUAGUGGUUAUUUCUUAGAGCGAAGCAACUCUGCCCGCAAAACACUUGAGAAGGCGUACCAGCUGUGCCCAGACGAGGACGACGAGGAGGAUGAGGCGCGCGAUGUGGCGGAGGGCUCGGGUUCGGGCGAGGCGGGGGAGGGGGAGGGCAGCGGUGAGGAGGAGGAUGCGCCCGAGGAGGAGGAGCCGCCCUCCCGGCGCCUUCAGCUCGCACCGCCCGCGCCCGCGCCGCCCGCUCCCCCCGCCGGCCCCGCCAGCCCCGCCCCGCCCGACCCCUACGUCGGCCUC